AUGGUCGCGGACACCACCUACUACGACGCCCUUGGCGUCCCGCCGACGGCUACCGAGCUUGAGAUCAAGAAGGCGUACCGCAAGCUUGCGAUCGUCACACACCCCGACAAGAAUCCUGGCGAUGAGACCGCCCACGAGCGAUUCCAGGCGAUCGGCGAAGCGUACCAGAUUCUGAGCAAUGAAGAGCUCCGCAAGCGAUAUGACAAGUUUGGCAAGGAGGAGGCUUUGCCCAGCGGCGGCUUCGAGGACCCCUCUGAGUUCUUCAGCAUGAUCUUCGGUGGCGAGGCUUUUGUAGACCUUAUUGGAGAGAUUUCCCUCAUGAAAGACCUGACUGCAACUAUGGAUAUCACAAUGGAGCAGAUGGAGGAGGAGGAGCUGGCCCAGUCAGCCGAGGAGAAGCUCCACAUUCACGACGAGGAGGUGAAGGCUGCUGGUGGCGAACACACUCACAAGGGUAGCGAUCACGCCCCUCAGGCUCACGAUGAGAAGGCCACCGCAACCGAGUCCACUACCGCCGCCGCUGCGGCCGAGAAGGCCUCGGAGGCAGGUUCUGGCACCAGCACCCCGCGCCGGAACUGGGGCCAGCAGGCCUUGAUGGACAAGUCCGAAGAAGAGGCUCGUAUGGAGGCAGCUGGUCUGUCCCAGGAGGAGAAGGAGCUGCGAAAGAAGGAGAAGAAGAAGGGUCUGUCCAAGGAGCAGCAGGAGCGCCUCGCUGCAUUCGAAGAAGAGCGAAGAAAGGCCCGCGAGGAGCGAGUCAACACCCUUGCCAACAAGCUGGUGGAUCGCCUCAGUGUAUGGACCGAGACGGACAAGAACCGCGAUGUCACCCACGCCUUUGAGGAGAAGAUCCGCCUCGAGGUCGAGAACCUCAAGAUGGAGUCGUUCGGCCUGGAGAUCCUGCACGCCGUAGGAGCCACCUAUGUGCAGAAGGGUACUUCAUUCCUCAAGUCGCAGAAGUUCCUGGGUAUCUCCGGGUUCUUCUCCCGCCUCAAGGACAAGGGCACCUUGGCGAAGGAGACCUGGACCACCAUCUCCACUGCCAUCGAUGCACAAAUGACGAUGGAGGAGAUGGCCAAGCUGGAAGAGCGUGGUGGUGAGGACUGGACAGACGAGAAGAAGGCCGAGUAUGAGAAGAAGGUCACCGGCAAGAUAUUGGCCGCAGCCUGGCGAGGCAGCAAGUUCGAGAUCCAGAGCGUGUUGCGCGAGGUCUGCGACCAGAUUCUGGGCGACAAGAGCAUCCGCCUGGAGAAGCGCGUGGAGCGUGCUCACGCACUGGUCCUGGCCGGUAACAUCUACGCCAAGGCCGAGCGUGAUCCCGAAGAAGAGGGCGACUACAUGGCCUUUGAGCAGCUGAUGGCCGAGGCCAUGACCAAGAAGGGCAAGGACGAGAAGAAGAAAAAGAAGGAGAAGAAGCACGGCCACGAGGACGAGCCCGAGGGUGAGCACCCUGCCGUUUAA